AUGCUACUGGAUGUAAUUUGCGUGAUACCAAAAUAUCUGGGUAUUAUAUACAAGUUUAUCGGCUCACCAGAUUAUAACGCAACAGAAUUGGCCGUCACUUUGUUGGAAUCGAUUAUGCCUUUUAUACCAGGAAUAUUUUGUGAAAUGGUGAAAAGGGAGGUGGACAAAAUUAGGUUGUGCGUCAUAAAACAGUUAUUGGUGUUUAGAGGUGCAAAAGCACGCGAUGCGAUUAAGGAUACGGUGACUUAUUUCAAACAUCAUCCGUUCAGAUAUACGAUACUUCGAGUCCUCUCUAUUGAUUUAACGCUUAUUUUUACUACGGCAGACUUGCUUACCACAUACACUCUUGCCUUGAUUCAGUUCACCCAUGUCUUCGGUUAA